GCUGUAUUUUGUAUUAUCCUUCCUUUCUAUUUCACUAAAGGAAGUGACAGAAUAAGCAGCACAGGCACUGUAUGUAAAGCUGCCUCCCAGUGAGCACUGGCCCUGUUGCACUCUGAUGCUGCAGUGUGAAAAUAUUAUAUUCAUUGCAGUGUACACAAGAAGGACAUCAUGGCUGCUAGGGUCACUCUCCUUUUCUUCUGUUAUUUUCUCUGCCUAAGUUUGACUGCAACUUCUAAAACCUCUGAAACCUACAACCCAGCAGGAGGAGGAGACUCUGACUCAACGAUUAAGGAUGCAACAAAAGCACCACCGACCUCUCCAACUGGUGACAAAUACAGUUUUACCAAAGACUCAACGAAUAACACAAAUGCAGCAAAUGAAACAACAACAUCUACAACUGGUUUGACUGCAACUUCUAAAACCUCUGAAACCAACAACCCAGCAGGAGGAGGAGACUCUGACUCAACGAUUAAGGAUGCAACAAAAGCACCACCGACCUCUCCAACUGGUGACAAAUACAGUUUUACCAAAGACUCAACGAAUAACACAAAUGCAGCAAAUGAAACAACAACAUCUACAACUGGUUUGACUGCAACUAAAACCUCUGAAACCAACAACCCAGCAGGAGGAGGAGACUCUGGUGUGACAAAAACUACUGAAGCUACUAUAACCAAUAGCACAGCAGGAGUAGGCCUUGACUCAACGAUUAAGGAUGCAACAAAAGCACCACCGACCUCUCCAACUGGUGACAAAUACAGUUUUACCAACUCAACGAAUAACACAAAUGCAGCAAAUGAAACAACAACAUCUACAACUGGUUUGACUGCAACUAAAACCUCUGAAACCAACAACCCAGCAGGAGGAGGAGACUCUGGUGUGACAAAAACUACUGAAGCUACUAUAACCAAUAGCACAGCAGCAAUAGUCCUUGAUGCCAGAUAUCUCUGGCUGUUGGUUUUGAUGGUUGCAGUCCUGGCUGUGGCAGUGUGCUUGAAGUGCUUUAAAAGGCAGAAUCAUCCAGUUGACACCAUGGACCACGGAACAGAGAAUGCUUCGUUCCAAAGGACAGAGAGUAAAGAUGGAGUUAUGCUAUUAGGAGUCAAAUCAGGAGGGGAGGAAAAUGCUGCAGCAAAAUAAGCAGCCAAGCGGAGUGACACAAGCCAAAAAUAUCAGAAGAUUAAAAAAAUGAGGAUGGCACACUGCAGGGAUCUUCCUUUGGAAUGAAAUGAAAUGGAGUGAUAUGUAUUCAAGUUGUAUACUGUAUGUAAAAAAUGAAUAAAUAUGGGCAAUGACUGUGCAAAUGAUCAUUACUGUAUAUGGGGUGUUUUUAUCUUGAGAAUGAGUAAAUAAUAUGAUGUUACAGUGAGAACAUUGCUGAUAGACUUUGUAGUUUUCUGCACAAACACAUUUUAGAGGUGCCAAUAUAUGUAAUAAAUAUACUUUAAAACAUAAUAAUAAUUAAAAAAUUAUUUCAAAUUAUUUCAAGUUUUAAUUUGCAUAAAGAUAUGGCUUCCUAAAAUGUGUUUAAAGAUUCUGCGGAAGAACACUUGAAGCUGUAGAAAUUUUAAAAUAUGGUGUGUGCUAUUGUGGAAAAAAUAAAGCAUUUCAGAAAAAUGUAUUUAAAACAACAAAUUCUUUUACAAUAAAGAAACGCGUUACUCCGUUUCAUCCCCACACAUGGUGGUUUAUAAUAAAUGGAUUCUCCUUUUUUCACUUUUUUUUUUCAGUUUUAUCAUAUCAUGUAAUCAUUGUAUUUGUUUUCUCACUCUUUUAUUUAUAACUGUGUUUUUAAGCUUUGUGCAGUGUGCUUUUAUAUAUUGUAAUUUCACUGUAGAUGAAUAAAUGAAUUUCUGCCACA